AUGUUUCAGAAUCGACGUACUGUUUUUUUAUUUCUAUGUUCAAUUGCUUUUGUUCAAGCACUUUAUUAUAUUAUCACUUUACAAAUAAAAAGAAAUCAAACUAUUAUAAAUUCUGGAUUGGCAAUAUCAUAUGAACAUUCGUCAGAUAUUACAAAAACAUCCGUCCAAAAUACAGUGGCAUUGUUAAAUCCAUCUAUUCAAACAGAAUUAUCUUCAUUUGCUAACGCUUCAUUUAUAAUUUCACAUAAUUUUAUUAAACCUGAUCCUACUAUUUAUAAUUCAUAUCCAAUUUGUAAUGUUUCAUUUUCAAAUCAUAAUUUAUCUUCGACAAAUCAUAACUUAUCUUCGUACAGAGUCACAGUUAGUAAAACAAUUUAUCCUUUUGAUAUUAUCGAACAACAUCAAGGAGAAGAUCUAUAUCCAGGUGGACAUUGGUUUCCAAAAACUUGUCGAACAGAACAACGUUUAGCUAUAAUAAUAUGUUAUAGAAAUCGUGAAUUACAUUUAAAAUUAUAUCUUGAUAAUAUACAUUCAUUUCUUAAACAACAACAACUUGAUUAUACUAUAUUUGUUGUAAAUCAACAUGGUCAACAGCCAUUUAAUCGAGCUGCUUUAUUUAAUGUCGGUUUUCUUGAAGCAAUGAAACUCUAUUCAUUUGAUUGUUUUAUUUUUCAUGAUGUUGAUCUUUUACCUGAAGAUUUAAGAAAUGUUUAUAAAUGUGGAGAGAAACCAAGACAUAUGUCAGUUGCUGUUGAUAAAUUCAAUUAUAGAUUACUUUAUUCAAGUUUAUUUGGCGGUGUAACAGCCUUUAGUUUAUCUGAUUUUACUGGUGCUAAUGGAUAUCCGACAGUUUACUGGGGAUGGGGUGGUGAAGAUGAUGAUAUGUAUUUACGUGUUACAAGAAAAUUAAAAAAGACAAUAACACGCUAUCCUAUUGAAAUAGCACGUUAUAAAAUGAUUCGUACUUUUAAUCAUACAUCUGGUAAAGCUAAUCCUGAUCGACAUACAAUACUUUAUUCGAAAUAUGAUUAUAGUCAAGAUGGUAUAAAUACAACAAAUUAUGAUUUACAUCAUGUAGUUUUUUAUAAAUUAUUUACAUUUAUCAAUGUUACAUUACCACAAGAAUCAUUUGAACACAUACGUCUUCGUUUAAAUAUUAAAUUAAAACCACCAAAGAAAAAAUCAAUGAAUGAAUGA